UUUGCAGUAUGAGAUGUACACUAUUGAGAGGAAUGCUGAAAGGACAGCAUCUGCAGGCAGGCUGCUCUAUGACAUGUUUGUGAAUUUUCCAGACCAACCUGCUGUAUGGAGGGAAAUCAGCGUUAUUACAUCAGCAUUAAGGAAUGACUCGCAGGACAAGCAGACACAAUUUUUAAGAGGAUUAUUUGAAACCCUUCCUGGUCGGGUCCAGUGUGAAAUGUUACUGAAGGCCACAGAGCAGUGUUUUAACACGUUAGAAAGGGCAGAAAUGCUACUACUGCUACUGCGACGUUUCCCAGAGACUGUGGUGCAACACGGGGUUGGCCUUGGAGAAACGUUAUUAGAUGCUGAAAGUAUUGAAGACCAAGAAUCCCCAGUGAAUUGUUUUAGAAAAUUAUUUGUUUGUGACGUUCUUCCUCUAAUAAUUAACAACCCUGAUGUUCGACUUCCUGCCAGCUUAUUAUAUAAAUAUCUGAAUAAAGCAGCAGAAUUCUAUAUUAACUAUGUAACUAGAUCUACACAGACAGAAAGCCAAUAUCAAGGUUCACAAGACUCCUCUGAUAUUAUGUCUCCAAGCAAGCGUAGCUCUCAGAAAUAUGUGAUAGAUGGUCUCACAGAGAAAUCAUCCCAGAUUACAGAUCCUUGGGAGAGGCUAUUUAAAAUAUUGUCUGUGGUGGGAAUGAGGUGUGAAUGGCAAAUGGACAAGGGAAGAAGAAGCUUUGGUGAUAUUUUGCAUCGAAUGAAAGACCUCUGCAGAUAUAUCAGUAAUUUUGACAGUGAUGCACACGCUAAAUAUAAGAAUCAAGUGGUGUAUUCCACAAUGUUGGUCUUCUUUAAAAAUGCAUUCCAGUAUGUCAGCAACAUCCAGCCAUCGCUCUUCCAAGGUCCAAAUGCUCCAAACCAAGCCCCACUGGUUCUUCUUGAGGAUGUGGCCAACAUCUAUGGUGAUACAGAUAUUGAUCGUAACAAACACAUACACAAAAAGAGAAAACUUGCUGAAGGAAGAGAAAAAACAAUGAGCUCAGAUGAUGAGGAUCCUUCUGGGAAGGCGCGAAGUCGACAUAUUACAGUAAACAAGGCAGAUCUUGCAAACUCUAUUGAAGUAUUGGAGAGCUUUAAACUGGCAAGAGAGAGCUGGGAGCUGCUUUAUUCUCUGGAAUCACUCGACAAAGAGUUUACCAGAAUUUGUUUGGCGUGGAAGACAGACACCUGGCUUUGGUUAAGAAUCUUUCUUACAGACAUGAUCAUCUACCAGGGGCAGUACAAAAAAGCCAUUAGCAGCCUACAUCACUUGGCAGCUCUUCAGGGCUCUCAUUCUCCACAGCAAAUUACAGGACAAGGAUCACUAGAAAAUCAGCGAGCGCUGAUCCAGUUAGCAUCGUGCCACUUUGCCCUUGGAGAAUACCGGCAAACAUGUGAAAAAGUGCUUGACCUCAUGUGCUGUAUUUUAAUUCCAAUACAAGAAGGAGGUAAAGUACAAGAGGAGCAACCUAAAGUCAAGUCUAAAUUCAGGAAAGGGUCUGAUUUGAAGCUUUGGCCAUGUACCAGUAGAGCUAUCAUGCCUUACUGCCUUCAUCUGUUGUUAGCUUGUUUCAAGCUCAGAGCUUUCACAGACAGCAGAGAUGACAUGGCCCUGGGCCACGUAGUUGUUCUGCUUCAGCAUGAGUGGCCAAGGGGUGAGAACUUGUUCCUGAAAGCCAUCAACAAAAUCUGCCAACAAGGAAACUUCCAGUAUGAGAAUUUUUUCAACUAUGUCACAAAUAUUGAUAUGUUGGAGGAAUUUGCUUAUUUAAGAACACAGGAAGGAGGGAAAAUUCAUCUGGAACUGUUGCCAAAUCAAGCAAUGUUGAUCAAGCAUCAUACAGUUACCCGGGGUAUAACUAAAGGAGUGAAAGAAGAUUUCCGCCUGGCCAUGGAGCGCCAGGUCUCGCGCUGUGGGGAAAAUCUCAUGGUGGUCUUGCAUAGAUUCUGCAUUAAUGAGAAAAUACUGCUGCUUCAGACUCUUGCUUGAAUGGACUGGAUCAUGAUGCAGUGUCUCUUACGGAGAGAGGGGAAGGCUCUUAAUCAUAUGAACAGCAGUAUGGCAGUGGAAAAUCACUUGUCCAGAGAGUCCAAGAAGUUCCCUGUGAGUUACAGGUUCUGCAAUACACAAACACUACUCAGUGUUUGUUCACCACUUAGUUUUUUUAUGUGGGUAGAUCAAACUUUAUAAAUAAAACUUUAAGAAGUC